CGUCUCGCUCUGCGCUCUCUCGCUUCCAUGUUUGUUCGUGGUCAUUUUGCAUUUCUGUGCUAGAUUUUCCAGAUUAGCAUUUAAUUGAUGAUUUUAUUCGUGUAACUGUGUAAUUAAUGAAAUUUGUGACAUCAAGGCGACCUCGUGAGGACUUGUCGCCCAACAAAAAGCGAUAAACGGCGAUAUAAUAACAGGGAGGGCGAUGGCGACAAACAGGAGCGGUGCCGCGCGGCCGAACGGCGCGCCGCAGACCAAAGUGUGCCAGUUCAAGCUGGUGCUGCUCGGCGAGAGCGCCGUGGGCAAGUCCUCGCUGGUGCUGCGCUUCGUCAAGGGCCAGUUCCACGAGUACCAGGAGAGCACGAUCGGCGCCGCCUUCCUCACGCAGACCGUGUGCCUCGAUGACACCACCGUCAAGUUUGAGAUUUGGGACACUGCGGGACAGGAGAGGUACCACAGCCUAGCACCCAUGUACUACCGAGGGGCGCAGGCCGCCAUCGUCGUGUACGACAUCACCAACCAGGACACAUUUGGGCGCGCGCGUAACUGGGUCAAAGAGUUGCAACGGCAGGCGUCGCCGUCGAUAGUGAUCGCGCUCGCCGGCAACAAGAGCGACCUCGCCGCCAAGCGCAUGGUCGAGUUCGAGGAGGCGCAGGCCUACGCCGACGAGAACGGCUUGUUGUUUAUGGAGACCAGCGCCAAGACCGCCAUGAACGUGAACGACAUAUUCCUAGCGAUCGCGAACAAGUUACCAAAGAGCGAAGGCGGCGGCGGCGCGGCGGCGGGCGGCGCGCGGCGCCUCAACGACGGCGAGCAGCCGCGCGCCUCCUCCUGCUGCAAGUGAUACACGGGGGAGAUAAAUUCGCUACCCUGGUCGGGCGCGCUCGGCGCAUGAUCCGGUACGUACCGCGGCGCCCACAUACUAGCUAUAAUACACGUACGAGAUGUAAUUAAUAAAAGAUAUAUUUAAUUUGGUUCAUGUUUUAGGCGGACUUAGCUCGGGGAUGGCGCGGGCGGCGCGUGUACCUUAGAAAUGUGUACACAAUACCACACUACGACCGGGUACACGUAUAUUCAGAAUUGGUAUUCUAUCUGGGGUAAAUUAGGCUAGGAUUUUUUUUGUAUCUGAUUGGUAUUGAUGUAUAAACAGAUACAAAGACUAAGGUUAGCAGGUAUACGGUCGCUGAUGUCG